AUGCAUUCUCAGUCUUACCAAACCGGAUACUAUCCUAAGAGAUCUUCGUCGCAAACAUCGUCCACUACCGCAUCGUCGCGCGGCAGCCAGCACUCAACCGAGAAGAAACACUCUCGUCACUCUUCCAACCCACUUACCUCGAAGAUGUUCCGGUCGAGAUCCAAAUCUCCCACUCCUGUCGAGAUCCCCAUGACCCACCUUCGUCAGCACUCUUCAAGCAUGUCUCAGCCUCGCGACAUCCCAAGGAGCACCCCUGGCUACUUUGACCAGCACUAUCACUCCUCCAGCCCAGUGGACAUGUCCCCCGAGAGCACAUCUCCCCGCUCUCCCAAGCCGGAGUACACCACCAAGCGUGCGUCAACUCCGACACGCAAGAACAGCGACGACUAUCGUCGCCUCAGCGGGACCAUCAACCACUGUGGUCGGCACUCGAAUGACUGGCUGUUCGGUGGCUUCAGUGUGCGUGAAACCGUUGCUAGUGGCCUCGAGAAGCUGCGUCACAACGACAAGGAGGGCUGA